CGUUAUCGAAAGAAGGGAGCUCCGAAGAAGAGAAGCGGCUGGGGAGCUGAUCGCGCUCGCCUCGGGCAACGGCCCCGGAGUUAGAGCGCUCGUUGUCGUGCGCUGCUCCCUGUGGUGGCUGGUCGAUGCCGGUGGCGGCCGCGGCGCUGGUCUUAGGGGGCGAUGCUGCCGAGGCGCAGCUCGCUAACGGGGCUGGCGGUGGGGCUCUUUGCCGUCUACGUGGCACACACCUGCUGGGUGAUGUACGGCAUCGUCCAUACCCGGCCCUGCCUCACUGCCAUCCACGAAGGCGAAAGCAACGACGGCUGCAUCCGGCCUUACCUGGCGCGGCGGCCCAAGCUCCAGCUAAGCGUUUAUACAACUACACGCUCAAACAUAGGCACUGAAAAUAACAUCGACCUGGUUUUGAACGUGGAUAAUUUUGAUGUUGAAACUAAAUUUGAAAGAACAGUUAAUGUUUCUGUACCAAAGAAAACAAGAAAUAAUGGGACAUUAUAUGCCUACAUAUUUCUUCAUCAUGCUGGAAUUCUGCCGUGGCAUGAUGGCAAGCAAGUGCAUAUAGUAAGUCCUCUCACUACGUACAUGAUACCUAGACCAGAAGAAAUCAAUCUUCUUACAGGAGAACAUAUCACCCAGCAAAUUGAAACAGAAAAAAAGCAGAACUAUGCCCUAGAUGAGCCCGUGUCACACUGGAGGUCUAGGUUGACCUUAAAUGUUAUGGUGGAAGACUUUGUCUUUGAUGGAUCCUCUCUCCCAGCAGAUGUACACAGAUAUAUGAAAAUGAUACAAUUGGGCAAGACAGUGCAUUAUCUUCCAAUAUUAUUUAUUGAUCAGCUGAGUAACAGAGUAAAAGAUUUAAUGAUUAUAAACCGUUCAACAACAGAACUUCCACUUACAGUGUCAUAUGAUAAAAUAUCAUUGGGAAAACUGCGGUUUUGGAUUCAUAUGCAAGAUGCUGUUUACUCUCUACAGCAAUUUGGUUUUUCAGAAAAAGAUGCUGAUGAAGUAAAAGGAAUAUUUGUGGAUACAAACCUUUAUUUUCUUGCUUUGACAUUUUUCGUUGCAGCUUUCCAUCUUCUCUUUGAUUUUCUUGCAUUCAAAAAUGACAUCAGCUUCUGGAAGAAAAAGAAGAGUAUGAUUGGCAUGUCUACAAAAGCAGUGCUCUGGAGAUGUUUCAGCACUGUGAUCAUAUUUCUUUUUCUGUUGGAUGAACAAACAAGCUUAUUGGUACUGAUUCCAGCUGGUAUUGGAGCAGUGAUUGAGCUUUGGAAAGUGAAGAAAGCAUUGAAAAUGACAAUUGAAUGGAAUGGUCUGAUAGAUAUACUCGAGUUUGGGGCAUUUACUGAGUCUGAGAAGAAAACUGAGGAAUAUGAUACUCAGGCUAUGAAAUAUUUGUCAUAUUUGCUAUAUCCAUUGUGUAUUGGCGGUGCAAUUUAUUCCUUGUUGAAUAUCAAGUACAAAAGCUGGUAUUCAUGGUUAAUUAAUAGUUUCGUCAAUGGAGUGUAUGCUUUUGGAUUUCUAUUUAUGUUGCCACAACUUUUUGUAAAUUAUAAGAUGAAAUCUGUUGCACAUUUGCCAUGGAAAGCAUUCACAUACAAAGCGUUCAACACAUUCAUUGAUGAUAUUUUUGCAUUUAUUAUUACAAUGCCAACAUCUCAUCGGCUGGCUUGCUUUAGAGAUGAUGUGGUGUUCUUGGUGUACCUUUACCAAAGAUGGCUUUAUCCUGUGGAUAAGAGCAGAGUGAAUGAAUAUGGAGAAUCCUAUGAAGAGAAGCUGAAAAGAAAACCCCACAAAGAAUAAUUUAAGAUAUUACGAAAAAAUUCUUUGGAUUGAUGCUGGCUGCAUAUGCUGUUUGACUUUUAAAAAGAGAUGAAGCAAAAGAGUAUUCUUCAGAGCUUGGGACAGAAUGUCAUGGACAUUGUAUCAUCUUCAUUGCCAAAAUAUGAUUACCUUUGGAUUUUUAAAAAAAAUAUUAUUUGGGGUUCAACAAGGCUGCCAAUAUUUCUGCCAGGUAGUUAACAUUUUGAAUUGCUUUGACAACUUUUGCAUAAAUAUUUGUGUCCAUUAUGCUUAAAUGUCUUGAACCCUCCAACAGCCGACAUUAAGGAUUGUGCAUUUAAAUUCAGCUCUUCGGCUUAUGAACAAGAGGAAAGUACUGUGAAUGAUUAUGAAGAGGUAAUAAACUGACAAGGACCUGCCCUUCACUUUCAAACCUUUCUGUAAAAAGGUUUUGGACCAAUCCUUGGCAUGUUCCAGCCUUUUUAUGAUUUUAGGGAGGGUACAUUCCUCAUUCACUCUUUGGAAUCAUAAGGAUUAAAAAGAUUUGGUUGGCUAGAUUGUGACCCUUAUUUUGUACUGUAUUUCCUGAUGUGAGCAUUUCAUUUUUUUAAAGAUGCCAGCUAUGCUUCUUAUAUGAACCUAAUUGUGGCAGCAACCAUAUGAAGACAUGUACUCUCAAUGGUAUAUUUCAAACCAUUCUAAGCUGGUCCUGGAUGCAAAGCAUGUAACUUUAAAAAAAUAUUUAGCAUAAGUCAACUAAGUACAUGCAGCAAAUAGUAUUCUGUAGUUUGGGGGAUGGAUUUUUUUUGGUACACACACAGCAAAACACUUUUGUUCAAUCCUUUAGUUGGAAUUUCUUGAUUCUACUAAACAGGAUCUUUUUUCUAAGAUGAAAAGUCAUUGCAUUUUCAGUCAAAAAAAUGUUUUUAGAAGAAUGUAAAUACAUAGGUGCAUGACACACUAUUGUGCCAAUGAUACUUCGGCAGGGAGACUGUAGACCUUUCUCAUUCUAUAACAAUAUAAACCAUAAUGAAGAGUGGUCUGAAGCAAAAGGCAGGCAGAAAAUAAAGAUCUCAAAGAUUCAUAAAGGAAAGAUCAGUUCAAACUCUACUGGUAAGGAAAUUGUAACUGCCCAAUUGCCAUGUUUUGUUUUGCUGCAGGGGCUUAAAUAUUUUAUAAUGAGCCUUUUUAUAAAUUGGGAUGCUGUGUUUAUUAAAUAAUGUUUAUAUUUCAUGUGAAAUAUAUUUUAAGCAUGUUCAAAAUGCAAGUUUAAAAAACCAUUUAGAUUGUGGCAUGAACCUUACUAGCACUGCUGUGCUACAUGUUCUUUUCAAGACCAAUCCCCAUUACCUCCCAUAAAAUUGUUACAUCUAA